GACGCCCCUUUUUUGCAUACCUCGACGCGAACGGAGUUCUAGGAAAGCCACAUCGCGCUCACUGAUACGCUAAAUGUACAGUGAAGACAGUACACAGCAUCUGUAGAGACCAGCCUCACACUUCCUCGGACCCCCUGGUAGAAAGCCACAUCAGACAUGACUGCGAGAAAUAGAAACAAGAACAAUUUAAGCGAAAAGACUGCUUCAUCCACGCAAGAUGACGUGGCGAAGAAAAGUCCGAAACCUAGUAGUAAUGGUAGCCCCUCAAUCCAGGGCUCGGGGUCAGGGAGUUGGGUCAAAGUUAUAGCUGCUUUAUGUUAUAUCGCAUUAGUAGCCGCUGCGGGCUUUGCUGCUAUUUAUCUACAACAAGUGUUGAAAGAAGUCCAUCAAAUCAGCAGCAGAAAUGAAGAGACCGUACGGAAAAAUGCAGAGGUUGCGCACAAAGUAGAGAAUGUUCUUCAACAGGUGGACAAUGUGAGGCGUGCUGUAGACGGGUUGGAGAAGGCACUGGGCACCAUGCGUGCUGAGCAGGAGAUGGGGAGCCGAGCGGUGAGGAAGGGCGAGGCGGAGACACGGCGGGUGGAGGAGGCUCUUCAGAGGCUCCAGAACGAACUGCUGGUCGACCUGUCAGAAGGCAUCAAGGAGGUGAAGGAGGCCAGAGAGCGGGACUUCUCUUCCCUGGAGAAGACGGUGGAGGAGCGCCUGGCUGAGUUGAGUGCCUCCAUCGCGGCCAGCGUGACUGAGUUCACCGAGACCCAGGGUGAGACUCAAAGUCAGCUGGCUGACCUCAAAGCCCGUCUGGAUGACAUGGAGGACCCGGAGCUGAUCAGGCAGGAACUGUCCACCAUUGUCGACACCGUCGCCGGGCUCAGCACCACUAAGCAGGCCACCGAUGAGUCUGCCUAUUCGCUGAGGGAGCAGAUCGCUGCGGUGGGGUCGGAGCUCCAGACCCGUAACCAGGAAAUAGCCUCGAUGUCACAGGAAGUGGAGGCGGUGAGGUUGCUGGUGCAGGAGACGGCGGGGAGCCUGCGGCAGCAGGUGUCGGGGGCAGAGGCAGGCAUCCAGGCGUUAACAGAUCAGGACCAGAGCCUGCAGAGCAGCCUGGAGCUGGCCACCGAAGCUCUACACAGUCUGGAGAAAGAACUGCGGGGGGAAUCGGCCAGGGCUGAGCAGAGGUCCGACGGUCUGGAGGUCAGACUAAAAGUGGUGGAGGAGGGAGGAGACUCCCUGGCCGCGUCGCUAACAGACCUGACUUCCAAGGUUGAGGCUCUUCUUGCCAAGUACGAUUCCCACGAGAGCACGCUCGCCGCCCAGGGCGCGGCAGCCGAGAAGGCCCGGGCCACUCUACAGGGAGAGCUAGAGGAGCUGAAGGGCAGCCUAGGGGAGCUCCAGUCCAACGUGGUCGCACUGAGUGGCGCUCAGACCAAUCUGGCUUCCAGGGUCUCUAACCUGGGGCUGCAGAUAGAGAGGCUGGAGCAGAAGCUGGAAGCCUUGGGGGAAGUCUCCAAGUCAACCAGCCAUCCCCCACCAGAGCUGGAGAAGCUGAAGAGCACCGUGGAUGGCCUGGUGGGGAAAGCUGCCAAGCUGGAGAGCCAUGAGAAGGCCAUCGAAGCCUUACAGGGGUCACUACAGAAGACCAUUAGCUCAUUGGAGGCCUUGACCAAAGCCCCAGCCGAAUAGCAAGAAGGUGUAAGGGGAGCGUAGGAAGAAGAGAAGGAGGAGGAGGGGGUAGUGUUCAGGAGGGGUAGACUGGGUUGGGUCAAUGAGAAAUGGGGAACGUGGACUGCUGUGAAUUUUAAUACAACACUGCACUGUAGUUUUUUGUUUGUUUAUUUGUAUUUUUUCUCAUUUGAGUUUUUCAUUUAGUCAGAUUCUGUUACGGGUGGUUUCACAAACCCAACUUGCAAUAUAAGCUCUCGUUCAGGAGCGUGUUAUGGUUUACUGAUUUGUGUUUUGUUACAAAAAUUAAAUUGGGCCACCACAUUUCUGUGUAGACAAGACUUUGAAUUGAUUUACAUGUAUAUUAUAAAAUCUUCAUUGUACAUUGUAUGUUGCUAACUCACUCCAACCGUCUCCGUUACAGAUGCAAGGUAGCCAUUUUGUACACCACCACACAUCAUCAAUCUCACUGGAGGUCCUCCUCCACAGCGCUGAGGUUAGAGAACGUCUGCCGUAGCUCUGCGAUGUCCUCCUCCCUCCUGGUCAGAUCCUCGGCCAGACGGCCGAUCCUCAGGGUCAGCUCAUCCACCUGCGGAGCCAGCGCCCCGAAGUCCCGCUUGAUGGCUGCCACCUUGGGCUUGAGGUCGCCGGCAAAAGUCACCGUGCGGACCAAUCGGGCACGGCCGCUUUCCAGCUCCCUCAGGCGCUCCGAGAUCUGCUGGUCGUUGACGAACAGCUCAGGUAGGCGAUGUUUGAGCUGCUCCAGGGCUUGGGCGUUGCGCUCUGUGGCACCCUUGAGGCCCUGGAUGCGGUCGAUGCUGCCGGCCAGCAGGUCGCCGAUACGUUUGACCAUGCUGCGUUCGGCCUGGGCGGCCCGCUCCUCCAGCUCCCGUACCUUCUCCAGGAGAGACUCCACCUCCGACUGGAGCCCAUCCAUCCGACGCACGUCUGUCCGGACCGACGCCACCUAGGAGAUGGAGGAAGAGGAGAGGAGGAAGAUGAUUCAUGGGCAAAUCUUUACAUGAACGGCCUUUCUAUUCUAAUGCCACGGUUCUGUUCAACAAGUUGCCUCUGGUUUUGAGACGUCAACCUUUACGUACUUGGGAAUAUACAUUUCUUGGUGUUAUUACAUGUAACUACAUAUUACUUGUAACGACAUAUGUAGUUACAAUCUUUUAAAACCUUUCUGUUGACAUCCUUAGUGAUAGCAGAGGUGCGUCCCUCGAUUUGUCCCACAGCCUCGGUCAGUGCUGCCACGCUGUCCUGGAGCAGGCCGUGUUUCUCUGUUAGGCCGGACGCCCAGUCCUUCAGCUGGCUUACAUCCCGCUCCAGGGCCUCCAAGUGGGGCAGGAGACCACCAGGCUGCCUCUCUAGAUGCUCCAACAGGCUCUGGACACCCUCGCACUACGCCAGGAAACAGGUGGAAGGACAGAGCAGGGCAGCCAUUUUAGAAAAGAGCUUUACAUAGGAAAAGACUGAGCAGCUAGACCAUGCAGUCAUAGACUGGUAGAUAGGAUGCAUUGAAAAACAUGCAGGCAGACAGUCCAUAAGUUACACAGAAAGCUGAUGUUUUGUACAAAUAAAUAGAGCACAUAAAUGGGUAACAACACUAAGAUAUUUGAGACAGGUUUUAAUUUACUAGAGAUGCAAGAUAGGAUUUUUUUUACAAUAGAUUUAACCAAAUUUGAACAUUUAAAAGAUUCAGAGAAACACUGAUAAUAAGGCACAUUUAUUAGAAAUGCAAUACUGCCAUUACUGUCAAACUCAUUCGAAUAUAAAAUGUGAAUAAAAAAAUGUAUACAAACUCAA